CUGGAAACUCACUAUUUCCAAUCUUUCUUCGCGAAUUAGCCUGUGAAACUACUAAGGCAGAAAAAUACAACUUUAAUUUUAUUGCUGAAUUCGUAUCAAAGAAAGGGUUUGGGAUAAAAUAUGGGAAUACCGAUUCUUUGUAUCUUACCUAUCUGGAUAGGUAUUAUGAGAAAUGUGAUGAAGCCUUCUUCAGAAAAAAACUUUCCAAAAAAGCGUACUGGAUUGAAAUAGUCAAAAUUACUAUGAAUGUGAUGAAAAAGUUGUGUGAUCAAGUAAACACUAAUCUUAGAAUAAAAAGUGAGACAUCUUAUCUAAAUAUGAUAUAUGAAGAAGUAUUAUUUCCCAUCUGCUUUACUGGUAAAAAGAAAUACUUUGGGGUUGAGCAUGAAGAUGUAAUAAACUUUAAACUGAAAAAUCUUUUCAUGAAAGGGAUAGAUACCAUAAAGCAAGGUAAAUCUCAGCUUCUCAAAUUCAUUGGAGAGAAUAUAAUGAGAGAGGCUAUGGAUAUAAAUAAUACGCGUCCAAUUCAUAAAAUUGUUAAAGAUACUCUUAGAGAAGCAGGAAACAAGAAAUGGGAUUUCAAUGAAUUUAUUGUGAUAGAAACAUGGAGGCCUAAGAAAAAAAUCUCUGCAACAAUCGCUUUAUAA